UGUGAUCGUGAUCGUGUUGGUGAGGACGAUACGAAAGGAUACGACGACGACGACAACAACGACGCCGCAUUUGUCCUUUUGGCAAUGCGCAAGCGCAAAGUGCAUACAAAUGUUCAAGUGUCAAUUGUGCGAAAAUAAUUAAAACUCAAGUGAGAAACAUCUCAAGUGCUGGAACAUUUAAAGUAAACUUUGAAAUAUUUGUGCAAGGAAUUUUGUGAAGAGCAGCGCGAGCAACGCUUUCGAUUCAUCGAAGCAGCGAAAUGGAUUUAUCGAGGCGGUUGCGCUCAACUGCCUUGGUAGCAUUCAUAUUACUCAUAGGUAUACAGGACUCACAGAGUAGAUUUCCUGGACUACGUGCAAAAAGACAAUAUGGCGCGAAUCUAUAUUUACCCGCCAGUUACGUGACGCCUGGCGGCGAGGGAGACGAUCCCAACGAAUGGACGAACUGGAGCUCACCAUCGGAUUGCUCGCGCACCUGUGGAGGCGGCGUUUCCUAUCAGACACGUGAAUGUCGUAGAACAGACUCGAAUGGCGAACCGAUGUGCAGCGGUGGCAGUCGUCGUUACUACUCAUGUAACACGCAGGACUGUCCCGAGGAGGAGCCUGACUUUAGGGCCCUACAGUGUUCGCGCUUCGAUGAUAAGAAAUUUGAUGGAGUGCUCUACGAGUGGGUGCCCUACACGAAUGCGCCAAAUCCGUGCGAAUUAAACUGCAUGCCGAAGGGUGAACGCUUUUACAACCGCCAGAAGGAGAAGGUGGUGGAUGGUACACGGUGCAAUGACAAGGAUCUGGAUGUAUGUGUAAAUGGUCAGUGUAUGCCCGUUGGCUGUGACAUGAUGCUGGGCAGCGAUGCCAAAGAGGAUAAGUGUCGCAGAUGUGGUGGAGAUGGCAGCACCUGCAAGACCAUUAAGAACAUAUAUACAUCCAGUGACCUGUCUUAUGGCUACAACGAUCUUUUGCUCGUCCCUCAAGGAGCAACGAACAUUCGAAUUCAGGAAUUGGCACCGUCAAACAAUUACUUGGCAUGCCGCAAUGCAUCGGGUCACUAUUAUCUCAAUGGCAAUUGGAAAAUUGAUUUCCCACGGCCCAUGUUUUAUGCAGGAUGUUGGUGGACUUAUCAGCGUAAGCCCAUGGGUUUUGCUGCUCCAGAUCAGAUGACUUGCAGUGGUCCCAUAUCCGAGAGCAUUUACAUUGUAAUGUUGGUGCAGGACAAGAAUGUGAACGUUGACUACGAGUACAGCAUCCCGGAAUCUCUGAGCCAUAGUCAGCCCGAUGUGAACACGUGGACGCAUCGCGAAUUUGGACCAUGUAGCGCGUCCUGCGGAGGUGGCACUCAGUCCCGUCUAGUUACCUGCAACAAUCGCCUCAAUUUACAAGAAGUUGAUGAUUCUCUCUGUGAGGGUCAGACCAAACCAGCUGAAAGCCAGGAAUGUGGUGUUGAGCCCUGUGCUCCACAUUGGGUUGAGGGUGAGUGGGACAAGUGCUCGAAGGGUUGUGGAUCAGAUGGCUUCCAGAAUCGAACUGUAAGCUGCGAGCGCAUCUCCUCUGAUGGUAUUCACUCAGCUGAAGAUGACGCCGUGUGCCUUCAAGAAGUGGGUAACAAGCCGGCGACAACUCAAGAAUGCAAUCGUGACGUCAAGAACUGUCCCAAAUAUCAUUUGGGUCCUUGGAAACCUUGUGACAAGCUGUGUGGCGAAGGCAAACAGACGCGUAAGGUUACAUGCUAUAUCAAGGAGAAUGGUCGCAAACGCGUUCUGCCAGAUGAUGAUUGCGUGGAGGAUAAACCGGAGGAAGAAAAGACUUGCCUGCUGGCACCGUGCGAGGGUGUGGACUGGAUCGUAUCACAGUGGAGUGGUUGCAAUGCUUGCGGGCAAACUACAGAAACUAGAACUGCUAUAUGCGGCUCCAAGGAUGGAAAGGUUUACCCAGAGGAAUUUUGCGGAGAAGAGGCUCCUGAGUUGUCCAGACCAUGCAGCUCCAAAAAGUGCGAUUCCCAAUGGUUUUCAUCAGAAUGGAGCAAGUGUUCAGCGGCAUGUGGAAAGGGAGUUCAAUCGCGCAUAGUCAUCUGUGGAAUUUUUGAUGGCAAGAGUAUUAAAACAACGGAGGAUUCCAAGUGCGAUGCAGCAUCAAAGCCAACAUCAGAUCAGGAAUGCGAAGGCGAUGAAAAGGAAUGUCCUGGUGAAUGGUUCACUGGACCUUUCGGCGAAUGUAGCAAACCUUGCGGUGGCGGUGAGCGUACUCGAGAAGUUUUGUGCCUGUCGAACGGAACCAAGUCUCUCAAUUGCGAUGAGGCGAAGGUUGAAUCCAUAUCAGAAAAGUGUAAUAGUGAGGCUUGUACCAAAGAUCAACUUUUACCACUCACUAGCACUGAUAAGCCGGUGGAGGAUGAUUUAGAGGAAUGUGAGGAAGAUGACUUUGAUUUGGUCCACGGUGAGCUAACAGAAGCGGAUGAAGAAUCAGAAACAAUUUCAUCAAUAACGACUGAUGAUUUAAUGUUAAGUGAUAGCCCAUACUCAACUUCUGAAGAUGCCUCUGCUUCUACCGAUAGCACAUUUGAAGGAUCAGGUUCAGAAAGCACUUCGGAUAGCGGUAUUUCAUCUGAAGGUAGUGGAGAUGAUGGAUAUACAACAGAUGUUUCAUCUUCUACUGAUGAAUCGUCCACGGACAUUUCCAGUGAAUCGAGUGGUUCGACAGACAGUAGUGAAUCGACAUCAGAGGCCUCGUCAUCAUCUGUAUCUGGAUCCACAUCGGAUUCCUCCACAGGAGGAUCAACUGAGUCUAGUUCAAGUGGCUCAACGGACGCCUCAAGCUCUACAGACUCAAGCUCAAGCACAGACGCCUCUAGCUCGACAGAUGCAUCAAGUUCAACAGAUGUGUCAGGAUCCACAGAUGUUUCUGGCUCAACGGAUAUCUCUAGCUCAACAGAUGUCUCAGGGUCUACAGAUGCCUCAAGUUCGACGGAUACCUCAAGCUCUACAGACGUGUCAGGAUCAACAGAUGCUUCAAGCUCGACAGAUGCCUCAGCCUCGACAGAUUCCUCAUCCUCGACAGAUGCCUCAGCCUCGACAGAUGCCUCAGCCUCGACAGAUGCCUCAGCCUCGACAGAUGCCUCAGCCUCGACAGAUGCCUCAGCCUCGACAGAUGCCUCAGCCUCGACAGAUGCCUCAGCCUCGACAGAUGCCUCAGCCUCGACAGAUGCCUCAGCCUCGACAGAUGCCUCAGCCUCGACAGAUGCCUCAGCCUCGACAGAUGCCUCAGCCUCGACAGAUGCCUCAGCCUCGACAGAUGCCUCAGCCUCGACAGAUGCCUCAGCCUCGACAGAUGCCUCAGCCUCGACAGAUGCCUCAGCCUCGACAGAUGCCUCAGCCUCGACAGAUGCCUCAGCCUCGACAGAUGCCUCAGCCUCGACAGAUGCCUCAGCCUCGACAGAUGCCUCAGCCUCGACAGAUGCCUCAGCCUCGACAGAUGCCUCAGCCUCGACAGAUGCCUCAGCCUCGACAGAUACCUCAAGCUCCACAGACACAUCCUCCUCGACAGAUACCUCAAGCUCCACAGACACAUCCUCCUCGACAGAUACCUCAAGCUCGACAGAUGCAUCAGCCUCGACAGAUACUUCUGAAUCUACUGAAUCCUCAUCAACCGAUUCUUCUACCAGUCAGUCGACAGAAUCAACAGAAUCAACAGCAUCUACAGAUUCGACCGUCUCAUCAUCCACGGAAAGUACCUCUGAAUUUACAACAGAAUCAACAGAGUCGACUAGUUCACCUGAUUCAACUGAGAGCACCUCAACAGACGUUAGCUCAUCAACAUCCUCAGAAAGCACUAGUGAUGGAACUAGCAAUGCAUCGAGCGAAUCAUCUGAUUCAACAUCUGGAAAUACUGAAUCUACAGAUAGCUCUGCUUCAACAGGUACCAUGGAUGGGUCCACGGCAAGUGUUGGAAGCACCAGCUCUGUUGAUACUUCUACCGAUGGUUCAAGCGAAGGGUCUACAGAUAGCUCCACUGAUGGCUCUACAGAUAGUUCCACCGAUGAUUCAUCUGAUGGUUCGACUGAUAGCACGACUGAUGGAACAACUGAUGUUUCAGGCUCGACUGAUGUUUCAGGAUCGACUGAUGUUUCUGGUUCGACUGAUGUUUCAGGUUCGACUGAUGUUUCUGGUUCGACUGAUAUUUCAGGAUCGACUGAUGUUUCUGGUUCGACUGAUGUUUCUGGUUCGACUGAUGUUUCAGGUUCGACUGAUAUUUCAGGUUCGACUGAUUCGUCUGUAUCUACUGAGUCUACUGUCGAACAAAGCUCUGGUUCAACAGAGAGUACAACGGAAGGGUCAAGCGACGGUUCUACUACUGAAGGCGUUUCGUCUUCAACUGUGGAUGCUAGCUCUGGCUCUACAGAAAGUUCAGCUUCCACCGAAAGCUCAAGUUCGUCCGACAGUACAGAAAGCUCUACUGAUAUAUCUGAAACCACAGGACUGUCAAGCUCAACGGAAUCAUCUGAAUCCACUGCAUCUAGUGAUGUUUCCUCCACAGAAUCUUCUGACACCACUGGCUCUACCGAUAUUUCCUCGUCUGUCUCUUCUGACUCUACAGACACCACUGAGAGCGGAGGUACAACGGAAAGUGGGGCGACUACUGACACCACAUCUGAAAGCUCAACAGACAGUUCAUUGUCAACUGACAGUUCAUUGUCAACUGACAGUUCAUUGUCAACUGACAGUUCAUUGUCAACUGACAGUUCAUUGUCAACAGACAGUUCACUCUCAACAGACAGUUCACUCUCAACAGACAGUUCACUCUCAACAGACAGUUCACUGUCAACAGAGGAGGAUACUACCAGCGAUAUUUGGAGCACUUCCAGUUCAGAUACCGACUCCAGUACGCCACACACUUGGGAGACGACUCUUACACCUAAGCAAAAAGACCUUCGUAAAUGUAAACCGAAGAAGUCGAAUUGCGAGAAGUCCAAGUUUGGUUGUUGUCCUGAUGGCAAGUCGACGCCCAAAGGUCCAUUUGACGAGGGUUGUCCCAUUGCGAAAACUUGUGCUGACACAGAAUUCGGUUGCUGCUCAGACGGAGUUUCUCCAGCCACUGGCAAGAAGAAUAAGGGUUGUCCUAAAUCAGAUUGUGCGGAGACUCUCUUUGGUUGUUGUUCCGAUAAAUACACAGCUGCACAGGGUGAGGAUGAUGAGGGAUGCCCAGAACCAACAACAUUAUCGCCAACAACUACGCCAGAAGAAACGACGAUUGAGUCAUCGACAGAUGACGGCUCCGGUGAUGUUAGUCUGUCAACAGAGAUGGACACCGCUGUUACAUCAUGCUCCUUUACCGAGUUCAGUUGUUGUCCUGAUGGAAAGACACCUGCCAGGGGCGAAAAUUUCGCUGGCUGCCCAGAGGAAGAGGUUCGUCGAGGUUGUGAUAGCUAUGAGCAUGGUUGUUGCCCAGAUCGUCGUACACCUGCUGCCGGUCCCAAUGGAGAAGGUUGCACUGCCUGCACUAAUGAACCCUUCGGUUGCUGCCCAGAUAACCAGACGCCCGCUCACGGCCCUCAAGGCGAGGGCUGCUGCAUUAAUACAGCUUACGGUUGCUGUCCCGACAAUAUAAGGCCUGCAUAUGGACCCAACUCAGAGGGCUGCGAAUGUACAGACUCUCCAUAUGGUUGUUGUGCGGACAAAAAGACUCACGCACGCGGAUACCAACAAGAAGGUUGCCCAUGUGAGACCACACAGCACGGCUGUUGUCCCGACAAGAUAACGGCUGCCAGCGGACCCAAAUUUAUGGGAUGUCCCUGCGAAACAACGCAAUUUGGCUGUUGCCCAGAUGGACUCUCCUUUGCCGCAGGACCACGUAAUCAAGGCUGCCACUGUUCUCAGUCAGAGUACAAUUGUUGUGAGGAUGGUAAGACACCAGCUAAGGGACCCAACUUUGAGGGCUGCACCUGUGUGGAGACCAAGUUUGGCUGUUGUCCUGAUGGCGUUACCAAGGCUGAGGAUGAAAAGUUCGGCGGUUGCAUUAAUGUUCAAGAACCCCCACAAAAGGAUUGCGGCCUGUCCAAAGAACUUGGAAACUGUACCAACUUUAGUGUCAAAUACUACUUUAACCCAUCCGAUGGGCGAUGUGCUCAAUUCUGGUAUGGCGGUUGUGGAGGCAAUGGUAAUCGAUUCGAGACCAAGGCUGACUGCCAGGACACGUGUCAGGAGUAUACCGGUGAACACGUUUGCCAGCUACCCAAGAGCUCUGGACCCUGUAAAUCCUUUUCCAACAAAUGGUACUUCGAUACAGAUAGAAAUCGGUGCGAGGAGUUCCAAUAUGGCGGAUGCUAUGGCACCAACAAUCGCUUCAACAGUCUCGAAGAGUGCCAGGGAACUUGUGCAAUCAGCGAGAGCAUGCCUGCCUGCGAACAGCCAGUGGAGAGCGGACCCUGCGCCGGCAACUAUGAGCGUUGGUACUACGAUAACCAGACGGAUGUGUGUCGUUCAUUCAGAUAUGGUGGUUGCAAGGGUAACAAGAAUAACUUCCCCACGGAACAUGCCUGCAGUUACAGCUGUCGCCAGCCUGGUGUGCUUAAAGAGCAAUGCUCACUGCCUAAGCAAACCGGUGAUUGCAGCGAGAAUCAUGCCAGAUGGCAGUUCUCAACAAGCGAGAAGCGCUGCUUGCCUUUCUACUACACGGGUUGUGGUGGCAACAAGAACAAUUUCCCUACAUUGGAAUCAUGCGAGACUCAUUGUCCUCGGCAAGUUGCCAAGGACAUUUGCGAUAUUCCCGCUGAGAUCGGCGAAUGCGACAAAUAUGAAGCUCUCUGGUAUUAUGAUACCAGUUCUACUACCUGUAGACAAUUCUACUAUGGCGGCUGCGGUGGUAAUGAGAAUCGUUUCACCAGCGAGGAUGCUUGUAUGUCUCGCUGCAAGAAAGAGCCGGAGCCGGAGCCUCCAAUUCCUCCGCCAGUAUCGUCCACAGGGGAUAUCUGUGAUCAACCAGAGGAACGAGGCGAUUGUGAGGACUAUUCGCUUAAAUGGACGUUUAAUAAAUCAAGAGGUACUUGUUCCCAGUUCUAUUAUGGUGGCUGUGGAGGCAAUGGCAACCGUUUCGAGACCGAAUCCGACUGUAUUCAGCGCUGUGCCAGGCAGGAGCCGGAGCCGGAACCAGUGCGUCAGUACCCACAAGAACGGCAGCCCGAACGACAACCUGAACGACAACCAGAACGACAACCCGAACGACAACCCGAAUCAGGAAACCUAUGUGAUCAACCAGCGUCUAUGGGUGAUUGCGAUCAGUAUGUGCUUAAGUGGAACUACAACUCCACCGCGGGUAGCUGUGUGCAGUUUUACUAUGGCGGCUGUGGUGGCAAUGAUAAUCGCUUCGAAACCGAACAGGAUUGCACUGCGCGUUGCACUGUAGGCGAGUCUAAUACGGCCAAGUGCUUCCUGCCCAAAGAAACUGGCAACUGUUACGAGAAUACAGUUCUCUGGUACUACGAUAGCCAACAGGGUCUCUGCGAUCAGUUCGUUUAUACUGGCUGCGGUGGCAAUGACAAUAAAUUUGCAACCGAAGACGAUUGCCAGCAAGAAUGCGAUGCUGCGCAGCAUACCUGUUCACUACCCCCAGUCGAGGGUGUUCGUUGUGAUAGCAAUCCUGUGUUGCGUUGGUACUUUGAUGAGCGUACGGGUGGCUGCCACAAAUUCCAGUUCACUGGAUGCCACGGCAAUCGCAACAACUUUGUGUCAGAGCGAUCCUGCAUGGACUACUGUCGCCAUGGUGAGCAGGAGCCAGAACCGGAACCAGAACAGGAACCAGAACCAGAAAAACCGUCCUAUUCGGUAUGCACACAACAACCUGAGGCCGGAGAGUGCGACAAUCGUACCACUGCCUGGUUCUAUGACAAUGAUAAAAUGGCCUGCACAGCCUUCACCUACAGUGGCUGCGGUGGUAACGGCAAUCGUUUUGAGACGCGCGAUCAAUGCGAGCGCCAGUGCGGAGAGUUUAAGGGAGUAGACGUUUGCAAUGAGCCGGUGUCAACGGGACCCUGCACACAGUGGCAGACCCGCUAUUACUACAAUCACGAUAAACAGAUCUGCGAGCCUUUCACUUACGGUGGUUGCAAUGGCACCGGAAACCGCUUCAACGAUAUAUAUGAGUGUGAAACGGUUUGUGUUGCGGGUCGCGAGCCACAGUCCCCCUUGGGUACGGCUAAAGAUAUCUGUCGACUACCUGUGAUCAUCGGUGUGUGCAAUGGACGUUCGGUGCAGGAGCGUCGUUGGUACUACGACGAUGAGCGCGGCACUUGUGUGUCCUUUAUUUACUCGGGUUGUUCUGGCAACCAAAACAAUUUCCGUUCCUUUGAAGCAUGCACAAAUCAAUGCGGAACCCCUGUCAACAAUGAGGGAUCCAAUGAGGUAUCUCCCAACCGCUGCGAGGCCUACGAUAACAAGUGUCGUGAUCUGCGCUGUCCCUAUGGCUUGCGUCGCGUGCCCGCCGAGUCGCAGCCGGAGUGCGAGCAAUGCAUUUGUGUGAAUCCUUGCGAGGGGUACCCCUGUCCCGACCACCAACAAUGUGCUAUUGAUGUACCCAACAACGGUGAUCGCGAACAUGAGUAUGUCCCCGUCUGUCGUGAUAGAAAUAAGCCUGGUGUCUGCCCACAGUUGGCGGCCAAUGCCAGCGAAUGCGCCGUGGAAUGCUACACGGAUGCCGACUGUCGUGGCGAUAAUAAAUGUUGCAGCGAUGGCUGUGGACAACUGUGCGUGGGUCCGUCACGACCCACCCGACGACCUGAGACUCCACCACCGCCAGUCAUCUAUCCAGGCGAGGAGAGAGCUUCACUUAUUCCUAAGCAGCCACAGGAACUGGAUGUGCAGGCCUCAAUUGGCGGCAUUGCAGUACUGCGCUGCUUUGCAGCGGGCACCCCGGCACCGAAUAUUACCUGGUCCCUCAAGGAUUUGGUAAUUGACACGAACCAAGGACGGUAUGUGCUCACCUCUAACGGAGACCUGACCAUUGUCCAGGUGCGUCAAACUGAUGAUGGUACCUAUGUCUGCGUGGCCAGCAACGGACUCGGCGAGCCAGUACGUCGCGAAGUUGUCAUGCAAGUAACAGAACCUAAGAAUACACCGGCCUACAUCUAUGGUGGUAACAACGUUACGCAAAUUGUACAAUUGAACCGACCGGCAUUGCUUCGUUGCCCGGCUGGUGGCCAUCCGGCACCACAUGUCAGCUGGUGGCGCAACAAUCAACAUAUUGGCAUGAGCGGCGGAAGAAGUCGUGGUGUAAUGAAUCGUGACUACUCGUUAUUCCUCGCUUCUGUACAAUUGUCUGACCUGGGCUUGUAUAUUUGCGAUGUCUACAACAGUAGGGGACGUCCGGUUUCGCUGCAUGUUACACUCAAGGCGGUGGGUCCAGCACGCGCUAUGAACAAAGACGAUACCAAAUACUUGCAGUAUAUUAUUGACCCUGCGACGGCGCCGGUCGCACCAGUGCCGAGAUAUCCUUACAGGGCAAUGCGCCCGGUCUAUGUGCCACCUCCCGUAGUUCGAGAUCCGCGAAUUAAUGCUGAAGCUGUGAUUGGCUUGGAUCCGCAAAACAGCUACACGCCCGGCUCGACAAUUGCAAUUGGUUGCUCUGUGCAGGGCUAUCCGGCACCGGAAGUGACCUGGACCAAGGAUAAGAAUCCUUUGGCGAACAAUGAGCGCAUUCAAAUAACUUCCCAACCGCAUCGUUUGAUAAUCCACGAUGUUACCACAGGGGAUACCGGACUCUAUGGCUGCACUGCCCGCAAUGCCUUCAGCUACAGCACCAGCGAGAACACAGUUACAAUUAAUUCUGCCAUACCGAUAUCGCCCGAAUGUUUUGACAAUCCGUACUUUGCGAACUGCAAAAUGAUCGUAGAGGGCUCGUACUGCGGGCAUGUUUAUUAUGCCAAAUUCUGCUGUAGAUCCUGCACAUUGGCCGGCCAGAUAGGGCAGCCUCAUCCCAAUGCGAUUUAAUUCCAUACUACCAAACUUUCAAGCUUAGCAUAUUGGUUGGACUUCAUUGAAUUGAGUUAAACCAAAAAAUAUUCGGAAAAUGAGCAACGUCACAAGCCAGCAGAGAGAAAAAGAAACAAAACAAAAAAGAAAUAAAUAAACCGCCAAUCGCUUUGCCCACAGAUCAAGUACAUGUAAGGAACGUUUUAAUUAGUAUCCUAUCUACGACGAUUUCUUCCAGCACAAAAGAAAAUAGUAUUAGUUUUUGUUCCUAUUUAUUCUUGAUUUAAAUUCCUCCAUAGAAAGUGGCUAAAACUUAUUUCCAUUUUAUAUAUUAUUUAGUGUUUUUCUACGAUAUUUGUGCAACGAUUAAAGCAAUUUAAGUCUGUAAAUAAAUCAAAAAUUAUGUAAAAAUAAAAGAGUGCAAAUAAAUAAA